CUUUCACACACACACAUACAUACAUACACACACACGCAGCUCCCACGAUGUCUGGACGGGACUCCGUCUUGCUCCUGCUGGGGUUUUUGCUCCUCUUUCACACCUAUGGAGCUUGGCCCGUCCUGGAGGUGAACAUGGAGGAUCGAGUGGAGGUUUUCAGGGGAGAAACGGCUCAGAUCAGCUGCAUGUUUGUGCCCUCAGAUGAUAUAGACGAUGGGAUCGUACAGUGGUCAUAUAUGACAGCAACUGGCAAGAGGCAUCUGAUCUACAGCCAGAAUGCUACCACGAAGUGGGUUGAACCAGGCACGACGCUCACAGAAAGAAUCGGUGUAAACAGUCUUGGCGUUGGCAGAGGGUUGGUGCUAACCAUUGCAAAUGUGCGGCUGGAGGAUGAGCUGGAAUUCAUCUGUCACAUCAAGAAUCUGUCAGAUGGAGGUGUGGAGGGACGGACCCAACUGAAGGUGUUCGAAACACCAGAGCGUCCAGUCAUUGAGGGUGUUCGUGAAGGGAUCUGGGUCAACAGUGACAUCCCAUCCAAGAUUGCGACAUGUGAGGCUAAAAAUGGCUACCCCAAACCCAACAUCACUUGGUACCGAAACAGAACGCCGCUACACUCCAUUCAUGAUGAAGUGGAGGUGGUGCCCACAGUCACCCGAGAAUCCACUAAUCUGUACUCAGUCAAGAGCGAGCUGAAAAUGAGGGUAACGAAAGAGGACGCCGAUGCACUGUUCUACUGUGAUGUCUCCUACCUUGUUCCCGGAGAAACCAGGAUGACAGAAUCCGAACGUAUUAACAUCACUGUGUCCUACCCCUCUACUGCCGUCACUGCAUGGGUGGAGUCACCAAAGGGCAAAAUCAAGGAAGGAGACACAGUUGAGAUUUAUUGCCUCGGUGACGGGAAUCCUCAACCACCCGUUACAAUCAAACACAAUGAUGAUGAAACGUCUCUGUCAUCUAAUGUGUUUGUCCUGAAAGAAGUGACCCGUCUCCAAAGCGGAGAUUACUACUGCGCUAUCCUGGACGUGGAUACUCUUGAGGAAAUCACAGGAAACGUCACUGUGUUCGUCAACUAUCUGGAUCAUGCUGUAGUGACUCCUGAAAAAAAAACAAUAUCCCAAGGAGAUAAGAUGACCUCCACUUGCAAUGCUCUCUCCUCACUGACGACAGAGACCACCUGGUUUCAGCAUGGAAAGGAGAUUUCAAAGGGCCACACUUUGACUUUGAAUAAUGCUACAUAUGACACAGCGGGGGAGUACGAGUGCGUGGUGACUGUUCCCGAGAUUGAAGAAAUGAAAACAACUCAGACACUUGUUGUUAUUGUUGAAGGUCCACCAGAGAUCAUACAACCAUCUGUCAUGGAGAUGGAGGUGAGUCUUCAAGAAGAGGUGAUGCUGAGCUGUGUUGUCAGAGGAUUUCCUAUCCCCACAAUCACCUGGACAUCCUCCGAUGGACAGGCUGUCCAGCUUCAGAAAUCUGAGAGAGAUGGUGACUUCAUCAAAGAAGUGGGCAGCAUCAAGCUCACCUCGGACGUCAACGUGUCCUGCAGCGCUCAGAACGACUUGGGCUCCACCAGCACAACUUACAGCAUCACCACCAUUACAGACAGCACCGUAGCAGGUCCUACCACCUCCAUCACCACCUCCAUCACCACACCCACAGACAAAACAGAAACACAUUUCCCACCAAAGAAAAUCCAGAAAGAGGGCAGUGGUGUAAUCAUUGCAGUCCUGAUUAUCUGCAUUCUGCUGCUGGCCAUCCUGGGAAGUGUGCUCUACUUCCUCUACAAAAAGGGAAAGCUCUGCGGAAGAUCUAAAAAGCAGGACCUCACCAAAACGAAGUCGAACAACGAUAACAUCGUGGUUGAGCUGAAGAGCGACAACACAGAGGAAGCCGUGCUGCUCGGCGUAAACGGAGACAAAAAAGCUCCCAGCGAGCAGUAAAGGGCGAUGAAUACCUGAAUGUGCAGAAGUGAGGAGGUGACUGCAGGCGCAUCGACAGCUCCCCCUGUGCUUCCCUCUCAGACCCACUGACACCUGCUCGCCUCCUUUAGAGUUACGCCACGGAGCGGCUCUCUGUCAACAGAUGAAACUGUAAUUUAAUCAGUGCUGCAGCUUUUCUUGCUCUCUUUUUUAGUUGGAAUGCAACCUACGCUCUGUGACACAACUCUUCUAAUAAAUAGUCCACAGUCCCAGAAGCACUCUGCUGGCAGUCAUGCAACCGUCUGCCACAGACUGUUUGCAAACUAUCGACAGCUGUGCAGACGGUCCACAGACAGUCCAUCUGCCAAAGA